GGAGAGAGAACAGAAUGCGCGCAUGCGCGUCCAAGACCAAAACAAUAAUAACAGAGUGCGAGAGAGGAGGAGAGGAAGGUUCAUGGCUGGCAGACAGGCAGCCUCGAUAUUCCCGUUCCCGUCGUCUUCUGACCCGAGUCAGUUGAGUCGAAACACAGAUAUUCUUUCUCUCUCACUCACUGUAUUUGUGUGUGAACGGAAAAAAGACUGAUAGUAUAUUUGUUUUUCUUCCUCUUACUACAUACCAAAAUUAUUAUUAUUAUUAAACAAAAAUUUUCUUUGACCAAAAAAAACCAGCAGAAAGAAAAAAAUGUAUACUUCGUGUGGAAGUUAAUUGAAUACAAAGAAAGAAAAAAACAGGAAUAGAAAGUGUCCUCGACCUUUUGGGAGUGUGCGCGUUUAAAAUAUACACACACACACCGCCAGGUGGAAAACAAAAACAAACGCGAAAAACUCGAAGUCAACAAUGUCCGAUGAAUUGUAGUAUAACUCACUCUCUCUCUCUCUCUCUCUCUAUUCAUUCAUUCCCAGCCACGACAACAGUGUGUACAGAUGCGAAAUUCCGCUUCAAACUUCUCCAACAGAAAGACUACUGUGAAGAGUCACGCGUAACACGACAGUGAAUCACGCGCUUUGUACAUGUGAAAAAAUAUAUUUAUUAAAAGUGUGAGAGCUUGUUUAGUAAAUAAUUUGUUACUAGUGCGGAUGCCAUUAAGUUUUCCAAGUGAAAUUUUUCUGUUUUGUACCUUUACUUUGAAGAGAAGAUAUAAAGGAGAAAGGGCCGUAGCCAUUGCUGUUUGAGAAAGACACAUACGCAUACAAGCAAAAGCAGGUAAACAUCGACAAAGAAAAGGCCUGGAGCGUGUACUGGCCAAAAUGCCGAGUGCCGAGGAACCGACAUAUCUAAUCGAGGUGAUUCCCGACACAACACAGGACUUUUUGUCCCAAGAUGUAGAUCUUCUUGUAUCACAAAUCAAGGAGAAUUUGAGGAUCUCGAAUUUAAAGGCAAAAUCAAGUCACGCUCAUAAAAAUCGUCCAUCACCAUAUCGGAUACCAUCUCGUUCGUGGGCUGAUCCUGCGAGCAAUUGUGAAAUUUGUGGUAUGCGAAACUCCAGUGAACAGCAUCGGCAUAAUCAGCAGCAACGACAUAAUAAUAGUCGAAAACGCUCGACGACUAGAGAUCAUCAGGAUGAUGAUCCUUAUGAAUUGUUGCAAGAAUUAUUGCGACGUGGUGGCCUCAUUAAGGAGGCAGUUAAACGACUUCAGGAGAAUUUUGACGAAUACGAUAAUUCAACAAAUGGCUCUGAAGAAGAUGAGGUGGUGGUAGAGGAUGUCGUUGGACAGCCAAGGCCAUUUAUUUAUGAGAGAAAAAGUUUUUAUUAUGAAUCGGAUGAUGAGCCAUUACCACCUGAUUAUCAGCCAUUGGAUCUGUGAAAAACGUUUCGGGGGUGAAAAGACAUUUUUAUUUUCUUGAGACUUUCUUUUUGAUCCAAAUAAAAAAAGAAAAAUACACACACAUACAUUUGGUGUAUAUGCGCAAAAUGGCAUGUGCGGUAAUUAGACAGAAACAAGCCUUACAUGGCGCUGUUUGUAAAUAUACGGGCGAGAGUAGUGUAUGUUGUGUGUUGAUAUUUGAAGCGGUCGAGAGAAAUACAACUGUGGUUUCGUGAAACUUCGGACAUGAUCGCUUACGUGGAAAGAGACUUCGUGUUGUAAUAUAUAUGGAGGCGCGAUCUUUGCCGAACUCGAACCGAAGAUGUGGUUUCGGGUUUUUCAAUGAUGAAUUGGUCGUUAACGAUUUUCUUGUGACCUCGCCGAUCACGAGGACCUUUUGUUUGUCUUCUUUCAAAGAUUCCUUGAGGUUGGAUUCUCUUUUCUUCUUUUUUACCAAGCUUCUCUAUAUACAAUCAUCAUCUACAAAUAUCAAGAUUCUCUCGACUUCGUGUCCCAUGAUGAAGAAUAUAAUUGUGUGAUCAGCCGUUAUAAUUCAGUGUGGUUUUAGCAAGAAAUGUAAUUUUUUUGUCACUGUAUUUGUGGGAAAAGAGUGACUAUAAAUUGUCACUUUCUGAGGAGGCAAGUGUUGUAAAUUUUGCGAAAAUUUAUAUUGGUUUUGUUUAACAAUUAAUUUAUACGUCCAUGGAAUAUUAUUUGCUCAACGAUCUCAACGAACAUUUUUG